ACCCGUCUCAUGUUCACGUUCAGGUUCGCUGGGCCACUAUUGAGGCCAGCAUGCCGCAUACUUCGAGCACCGGCUCUACCAAAGUUCCGCCCCACCGCUGACCAACUGCGUAGCUUUUCUCUGACGCGUACGCAACGUGUACCACAAAGAAGAGCGCCAAGACCGUCACAUCGGGAGCAGCCACACACACCACAAAAUACUGCACCACUUCAGGGUCAAAUCGUAGAAGAGAACCCCCGUGUGCGAUAUGAUGAAGGGCCUUAUUCAUCAGAAUCAGAGCUAGAUCAAGAUGCAAUCUUGGAACAACUCAAACAUGUCAGGGUCCGAUAUCUGCGACCAGCCAUAUGGGCUAUAGCUGUGUCCAGUGGAAUCUUCCUCGGUCUUUCCUACUUGGAAGCGAAAAGAGAGCUCAAGGAUGCGUCUACAUCGACCGGAGGAUGGCUCCCAACACCGCAGUGGACCAUGCCCCGGCGCACACCACCGACCCCAACCGAGGUCGUUACCGGAGCAUGGAACAACGUGGAUCCCAUUUCAAGAAUCACCUAUGGAAUCAUUGGAGCCAACAGCGGAAUCCAUCUGAGUAGCUUUCUCGUGCCGCGGACCUGGGAUACGCUCUGGCACCUUCCGGCUCGCAACGUCAAUUACACGCAGUUUACAUCCAUGUUUGUACACUCUGGGGCGUUGCAUUUCUUCGUCAACAUGUACUUCCUGAACAACUUCAUGAAACCAGUUGGAUAUUCGCGCCUGUUCGAGGGCAGCCCGUAUCAUACCUUGUCAUUCUUCCUGUCAGCCGGCGUGCUGUCUGGUUUUGCGCAGCAUUGGUCGACCUUGAUACCCAUUCAGAAGCGACCCAUUCCCGAAAUCUUUGUUCGUUGUGGCGGAGCAUCAGGCGCGCUCUUUGGUAUCCUGGGCGUUUUUUGUAUGCAGUACCCGCAUGCUGGUCUUGGAAUUCUGUUUGUGCCGGUGCACUUUGAGGCUCAACAUGUGCUGCCCGCCAUUGUGCUGUUCGAUUUCAUUGGCAUGAUUCGCGGAUACAGCUUUGUCAAUUUCGGUCACGCGGCUCAUUUCGCAGGCGGACUUCUCGGUGUGGCGUAUUCUCAGCUUGAUGGAAAAACAAACAUCUGGAAGCCACUGGUGCGGUUCUGGAAGCGGCAAUUGCAACAGUAAUCUCGGGUCUUUGUAGAUAUCACACAUAUUCAUGCGCAGUAGCUUCAAUCAUGCAAAGUAGCACUAGAUCAUGAAUAUAAGAUCGUAUUAA